CCUGUACGCAUUAGAAUCCUGGGUACAACCCUUUAUCUAUUUUCGGGAACGAAGAAUAUCAAAACGAUGAUGAAAGAACGAUACUUAUCCUCUUUUGUACUUCAUACCUUCUUACUCCGUCGCUUAUUCAAGUUACCACGGACAGCCACAGAGACUUACUACCGUGAUAACUCGGGUCCGUAUGCAGAGCCCUAUCCGGAGACCCAAGUCAAGACAAACAAUCGGGUUGAAUUCUUGGCAAGAGAUUCCGUCCAUCGCUUCCUGCUCGGACCAGGACUUACUACACUAUCUCAAAGAUUCCAGAGUGACAUUACAAGGCGUCUACAGUCUCUUCCCGUUGAAAAUGACUGGGUAACAUGGGACAACUUUCUUGAUUUAUUCCACUAUGAAGUCACGUCUUCAUGUGUCGACUCACUGUGUGGAACGUACCUCCGAGAACAUAAUCCUGAUUUUAUCAAAAACAUGUGGACCUUCGAUAAGAAUGUAUGGUGGCUGAUCUGCAGAAUCCCACGUUUUCUAGCCCCUGGACCUCACUUGGCGCGAGACCAAAUGCUUGGAGCCUUGAAGUCAUGGAGCAGCUGGGCACAAAAGGACUUCGACUCUGCCUCCAUUGAUACCAACGGAGAUGACCCUUAUUGGGGGUCGAAGUUCUUCAGGCUCAGACAAGAGAUGUUUCAAUCAAUGAGUGGAUUUGCUGCGGAUGCAAUUGCAUCACAAAACCUUGCAUUCAUCUGGGGUGCCGUUAAUAAUUCAAUGGUGACCUCAUUCUGGACUGCGGUCGAGAUCUUUCAGGAUAAAGAACUACUGCACCUUGUCCGGCAGGAAGCCCAGUCAUGCAUUAUUCGACAUGAUAAGGGCGACUUGAUGUUUGAUACUCGUCGACUUCUCCAGAAACCAGUUCUACAAGCCGUUUACGCGGAAACACUACGACUACGGGUUAAUGGUCUUUUUGUGUGGCAUCAAUCAAGGGAUGACAUUGAGAUCAGUGGCUGGCGCAUUCCAAAAUCUCGAUUCUUACUUUCCAGCCCAAUGCCUAGCCACAUGGACCCACAUAUUUGGUGCACAGGCUCGAACGAACCCCAUCCUGUCGACAAGUUCUGGCCCGGACGGUGGUUGAAGUAUUCUCACGAUGGGAGGUCUAUCCAGUUUUCUACCGACAUAGCCAAGGGGAAUUGGAUGCCUUUUGGAGGAGGCCAUCAUGCGUGCCCGGGAAGGCAGUUUGCCAAAAUGAUAAUCAUACUCUGCACGGCUACGUUGGCGAUACUUUAUGAAGGUGAAGUUCUUGCAUCAGAUAAGAACAUGGAAAUGAGUAUGCGGAACUUUGGAUUCGGAGUACUCGGUCCGGUGGGUGAAGUGCCUGUCCGUAUCCGCCGUCGUGGCUGGCUUUAA